AACUGCCACUUACCACCAUGCAGAGUUCUGCGAGCCCGCCCGCCACUUCACAGAGCGUGAGAUAAGGCAUUGCAGAACCUUGUUCGAAAAUGGAGGUCAAUACCAUGUCCCAGGCUUUGCAACUUCACGCACGAGUUCUGAAAUUAGGAAACACACAGACCAGCGAGUCCCAGAAAAUUUUGUCCAAUAUCUUCACUUUUUCCGCCCUAUCAGCCGCUGGAGAUCUCAACCACGCUCGUCUCAUCCUCAAAUCCAAUCCUUCCUUGAACUCUUACUUUUACAACACCAUCAUCCGAGCUUACUCUUGGAGCUCCGACCCCACCCAUCCCUCACAAGCUCUCUCUCUUUUCCUCUCAAUGCUCCAUGGACCGUCCCAUAACAUGCCUGGACCUGAUAAGUUUACUUUCCCCUUUGUACUCAAAUGUUGUGUCCGUUUGAAUCUCAUCCCUCAAGGGGAACAGAUCCAUGGGUUGAUUGCUAAAAUGGGUUUGAGUUCGGAUUUGCAUAUUGGGAAUUCGUUGAUUUAUAUGUAUUCAGAGUUUGGGGAAGUGGGAAAUGCAUAUGAUAUGUUUGAUAGAAUGUCUAAGAGAGAUGUGGUGUCCUGGACUUCUAUGAUUGAUGGCCUUGUUGACAAUGAUCGGCCUGCUGAAGCAAUAAAGAAGUUUGAAGAAAUGUUGGAAAGUGGGAUUGAGGUGAAUGAUGCUACGGUUGUAUCUGUUUUAAGAGCAUGUUCUGAAAUGGGAGCGUUAAGUGUGGGGAAGACAGUGCAUAAAAUUGUGAAGGAGAGGAAGCUUCAUUAUAAGGGUAAUGUUAUGACAGCGCUCCUCGAUAUGUACGCCAAAUGCGGUUGUAUAGAAAGUGCAUGGCAGGUUUUUAAUGGUGAUGUCAUGGACAGAGACGUUUUUGUUUGGACGGCAAUGAUUUCUGGCCUGGCUAGCCAUGGAAAAUGCAAGGAAGCUAUUGACCUGUUUUAUGAAAUGGAAGCUUCAAAAAUAAAACCUGAUGAAAAGACAAUGACCGCAGUUUUAUCAGCAUGUAGGAAUGCGGGCUCGAUUCCUCAAUGUUACAAAUUUUUUAGUAGCAUACAAAAAAGAUACGGUAUAAGACCAACUAUUCAGCACUACGGUUGCAUUGUAGACCUCCUAGCCAGAGUAGGUCGUUUAAAAGAAGCCGAAGAGUUUAUUAAUAAAAUGCCGAUCAAACCUGAUGCAAUACUUUGGAGAACCCUGAUAUGGGCUUGUAAUAUUCAUGGGGAUACUACUAGAAUUAAGCGUUUGAUGAAACACCUUGGGUUACAAGAGAUGGAUGCAGAUGAUAGUGGAAGCUUCAUACUUGCUAGUAAUGUUUAUGCAUCAGAGGGAAAGUGGUGUAAAAAGGCGAAAACGAGGGAGUUGAUGAAACAGAAAGGACUAGUAAAGCCAGCAGGAUGUAGCAGGAUUGAAGUUGAAGGUGUGAUACAUGAAUUUCUGAUGGGAGAUUAUAAUCACUCUGAAGCAAAGAACAUAUAUGUCAAAUUAAAUGACAUGGUAGAUAAAUUGAGAAAAGAAGGGUAUUAUCCAAAAGUUUCUGAAGUCUUGCUUGAAGGAGAUGAUCAGGAAAAAGCCAAUCAGCUGCUUCACCACAGUGAGAAACUUGCUCUUGCUUUUGGAUUAAUCAGAACAAGUCCGGGGUCUGAAAUCCGAAUCGUGAAAAAUCUAAGGUCUUGUGAUGACUGUCAUGAAUUUAUGAAACUAGUCUCUAGGGUAUACCAAAGAGAUAUCAUAGUAAGAGACAGAAUACGUUUUCAUCAUUUCAAAAAUGGUGACUGCUCUUGCAAGAAUUACUGGUAGCAUUAAGAUUGUUGUUAGAUAUUGGCAAUUGAUGUGCAAUGAGAUAUUCAGAAGCAUACAAGACACGGGAACUGCUAGUUUUGAGGCAUAAUUUGUCAAUUGAAAAAUGUAUAUAUUUGAAAUGUUCACU